AUGGUACCCAUCAGGGCCAGCACGCCGCCCAAGAAGAAAAGUCUGGUGCCCAACUUGAUGGAGAAGGGCCUGAUGGUCCUCUGGAAAGUGGCCAGCCGGGCCCAGCAGGCCCCAGAAAGGAAACUUCACCCCAAACAGCGUUCCCCCAGCAAGUCGGCUCAGGCGAUCAGCAACUACGCCCGGAGGAUGCGUGAUUUCAACAUCAACGCCAGCCCAGGGGACAGCGGCUUCGCAUUCCAAGUGGAGGAGCUUUGGAAGAAGUUUCUCACGCGUCCCGGCUGCCCCCAGUUCAGUACCCGCCCCACAUCCAUGACCCACCACGGUUCAGCCAUGACCCUCCCUCUGCCCGAAGACCUGUGUGUCGGCUCUGAGCCCUGGAAGAUGACCAAGGCCCUUCCCUCAGACACAAAGGCAGAUGAAGAUGCCAGGGCCACUCAGGACGGGAGGAGUCUGACCCCCGCCCCUCACUUCUCGACAGGCCGCCUCCUUCCCUUUAGCAAGAGCGCCUGCGAGUUCAGUUACCCGCGGAGGACGAGCGAAUCCCAGGUGCCGAGCCCGACCCCCGGCAGCCCGGUCCUGCCGCAGAGCCGCCUGAGGAAGCCUUGGUACAUCUCUGUCAUCCACGAGAAGGAUCAGUGCCUGCUCGUGCUGAGGGAGGAAGUCCAGCGGCUCUCAGAGCUGGAGGUGAAGGUUCAGAAGAAAGACGAGGAGCUCCUGGCUCUCUUGGAGGAGAGGGAGGCCUUGAAGAAGCAGCUGAAGUGCCUCCUGAAGGGCAAAGGCCAGGAGGCCUCGCUGGGCACAGGCACUCAAGAAGAGCCCCCCAUGACCGACAGAGACAGGGACCUGGCAGGGGGCAGCUGCAAGGAGGAGGAAGACGGCCUGGAAGGGGAGGCGGCGAGGGCCGGUGGGAGCAGGAAGGGGACUCUGCAGGACAAGGGAGGCGAGGAGGAGGAGGAGGUGAAGGAGGAAGAGGAUGAGGAGGAGGGUGUGGCGGUGGCUCUGGAGGAGGAGGGCGGGGAGGAGAUGGUGCUGGAGCUGGAGGAGGAGAAGGAGCUGCAGGAUGAGGCCAUGGGCAGGAGGAGGGCUGGCUCCGUGGACGACACCUUUGAGGAGGAGCUGAUGGCGCAGCUGGAGGCGUACGAGCACCUGCUGCAGGAGUUCCAGUUCCAGCUGGAGGUCGUCCGGACCAGAUACUCCCUCGCAACCGGAGCCAUCACAUCCUUAAUGCGACAAAUAGAGUUCCAAGAGUCCCAGCUGCAGAAAGUCACCACAGAAAAUGAGAUGCUGCAGAAGGAGCUGCGGGAGCGGAAGCAGCAGCUGCAGGCCAUGUCUGACAAGUUCUCCAACCUCCGGGAAGACAAGAAGCACCAGGAGGUGACAGGGCUCAUCCAGAGAGACAACCUCCUCCUCCAACAGCAAGUGUGGCAGCUGGAGAAAGAAAUCGCCAAGCGGGAACAGACAAUCUCGGAACUCGAGGCCAAGGUCAGCCAGCUGCAGACUGAGGUGAACCAGAACCAGAACCACCUGCAGAGGCGGAAGCAGCUGCAGGAAGAGAUGCAGAACAAGAACGAGAUGGUCCAGCUGGCGGAGCAGCAGGCCCGGGUGGCCCUGGAGAGCGCCCAGUCCCGGCUUGAAAGACUAAGAAACAAGAUCAUCCAGGCUGCCUUUAACACCCUAGGGAUCAAGUCCUUGGCCACUGAGAUCUCUGACAGUGAUAUCCUGGAGGCCUUGCAGCGGGUCAUCUCAGAGAGGACCGACUACUACAACCAGCUGAAACAGAAGGGUGUCAAAGUGCCCCCCCUGCAGCAGUCGGAGAUCUUAUCCUCCACCGGCAAGUCCAAGAAGAUAAGCUCCAAGUAGGCCGAGCCCAGGCACAGCCAGCCCAGGGAGGCCAGGAUGCAGCCUGGCUGCACCCUGGGUGCCCGCCCCUUCCCCCUCCACCUUCUGCCCCUGUGGCCCCACUCUUGUGCUCCGAUUCAGAAUUACACCGUCUGUUAGUCAUGGUCUCCCCUUCUUCACCAAGACCCCCAGGGGGCUUGGGCUACACUGACACCCCCCAUUCUGAAACUCACUCCUUGGAGGUCGGCACAGCAGCCCGCACCCCCUGGCCCUUUUCCGGGGAAACCCCAGACGGAGCAGGGUGUCCUCUGGUGGUCCCUGCCUCCGGCCUCCUUAUCCACCGUCUUGGGUCCAGACCCCACAGGGGUCCUCCUUUGCUUCCAGCUGCACACGCCUGCAGUGGCUCCCUGGCUGGGGUGCCCCUUGCAGGGGCACUGUUUUGCUAAUGCGACCCUGUGGAAGGUGGGUCUGCGGUGUGGCACUUUUGGUCCCCUCCAUCGCUCCAGGAA